AUGGCUGUGAGAUUGAGGUUGCUAAAUUCUGUUGCAGCUUUUUUGUUGGUUCUGAUUUCGAUUCAUUUUUCAUUAUCCACAGCUUUGAUUACUGGGCAUGACGUCAAUCCUCCUUUCCCUAAAGCCAUCUCUGAUUUGAAGGAGGCAAUUGUGAAGGGAUUUGGAUUACAAACAGAGGAUAUUAAGAUAUUCGGGUUCGAUUUGAGGGACGCCUUAGUGGGUAAAUCUGUAGCAUAUGAAUUUGAUGUUCAAAUUGAUAAUAAAGUUCUUCCACUUAAGCUUUUGGAGGAUGUGAACCGAUGGGAGUAUGUAGAUUUGCCCAUUUUUCGAGUGGAGGAUGCAGAGAGUUCACAUGAGGAAAAUGGAUUGGUGGAAAGGAGGCGACUGGACCAUCAGAUUCCUGUCUUGGCGCCGUUCCAGUUGGCUGGUCCGAUGGAAUUGUGGAUUCAGGAUGCCAAGGAUAUGAGGAUCUCACUGCCGCAUGAUGUAGAUGCCGGCAUACUAAAGAAAGUGAUUUUAGCAGAUGGUGCUGUGGUUACUGUUAAGGGUGCCAGAUCAGUCAGCCUACGUCAUCCAGUUGAGCUUCCACUUCCAUUUAAUCACUCGAAUAACAACUUUGCCUCAGGUCUUUUAACUCUGGCAGAGCAUCUUCGCCAUUCUUCUGGCUCGCCUAGUGGGCCCCUCCUUUCCCUUCGCAUCGUCGGACCAACAUCUCUCACAUCCCCUACCUCGUCAUCACCCUCGUCUAGCAACAAACUUAAGCUUAAGCGCCUUGCACCUGGACUUGUGGAGCUAUCCUCGGCCUCAGAGAGGAAGAUGAAAGCUGAUGCCGUCUCCACCAUUGAUCUUCAAGAAGAAGCCACUGCUCUUCUCACGCCUGAUAGAUUCACCAACUUGUGGCCUCUUGUGUCUGUCAAUGGUUCUAAUUCUAACUUGCUUGGUUUUGAGGCACUGCUCUCUUCUGUUCUUGGUCCCAAAGCAAAUAAGGAUGGUACUUUCAAGCUGUUGAAGGCAGAUGUUUCAGCUCAGACUUUUAUAAAGAUGAGUUUUGGAGUAGAGAAGAAGUUAAAAGAAGGAGAUGGAAUUUGGGAGAGUUUCCCAGAGUGGAGGACGAAGCCCGAGACAUUGAGAACGCAUUUUGAAGUCUUGGCUAAGGUAGAUGGGGACAAGGUUGUUCCAGAGAGAGUGGUACAUGUUGAUCCCGUGAUGGGGGAGGAUGUUGUGGCACCAAAUGUGCUCAUGGGAAACGUGACAAUGUCGAGGAUGCCUAUUGUUCACCCACCUCCAAACCCCUUUUUGCUGUGA